AGAUCCCCACCGGUCAAGUGUGGACUAGUGCAGCAAUUUAACAGAGCUAAAAAUGGUAUUUGAUGCAGCCCCACACGGACAUAACACUUUUUAUGACACAUUGAGUCCAUCCACCACCUAUUUGCUUUUUUGUAACAUUUUAUAUUUAUAUAUAUCUUUCUAUCUUACAUAGCCUAUUGUUUAACUCUUUAGUAUUAGACUUUUUAAAAUUGUAUUUAUACAUUCUUUUUCAUUACGAUCCAUAUGUUUAUUGCAUGCACUUUCCUGUUGUGUAAACUUACAUGGCAAUAAAAACAAAUUCAGAUUCAGAUUCCUGUGUAAAGUUAUUGGGGUAUUAUACUCACAUGACUCUGUGUCAUACAAGAGUCUGUUGUAGGCCUGUAGUGGAAAUGUACACACACACCCUUCCUGCUCUCGACAGUGGUCUUCUUCACACGCUCCUCCUCCCAAUUUUUUCGAAGCCCUCAGUAACGGAGACAACAAACUCCUUCAAUCUCCAACGGAACCUUUCAAAGGCCCAAAUGACAGCAGACAUAGGCCAGUAGCAUAUGAGUCGAAGGAGUCCUAGCCUCUGGAGCCAGCUCCCCCAGAGCUGUCAGGCUCCAUGUGACCGCUAUAAGCAUGCCUGCUGCUCUCAUGGGGGCCAAGUCUAUGUUCUGGGAGGCAGGGAGAAGCACUCUCUCAGGGACUUCUGGAGGUACAGUGUGGUGCAUAACGAGUGGACGGAGUUGGACUGUAGCAGUGAAGCAGCACCAGAGGAACUGGAGGAACACUCUAUGGUGGUCCAUCAGGGUUUCAUAUAUGUCUUUGGAGGAAUGAUGGACUCUGCAUACACUCACUGGAAGAGUGCGUUGUGGGUAUUUGAUAUUGGAAAGGAACAGUGGGUGCACUGGCAAGGCAUGAGAAGCUCUUCUCAGAACCAGAUGCCUGUCAACAGAAAGGGCCACAGUGCCGUGAUGUUCAGCUCAACAAUGUACAUCUAUGGAGGAUACAUAGACAUGAGAGGCUCAUCACAGGAGUUCUGGAGUUUUGAUUUUGACACCAUGCUGUGGUCCCUGUUGCACAGUGCCCAGGGAGGGGAUGGUCCAGGUCCCAGACACAACCACUCUGCCGUCUCUCAUUUGGACAGCAUGUAUCUGUUUGGGGGUCUGAGGGGCCUGCGUGAGCAGAAGGACCUCUGGAGGUGGAGCUCCACAAGACACACCUGGAGCUGCCUCAAAACCCUGUCUGGCCCUUCCAGGCUGCUUGGACACUCAGCUGUGGUGUACAGGGACAAUAUGCUCUUGUUUGGGGGAGGAGAGAGCCUGGGAACACCCAGUAAUUGCCUGUGGAGGUACAGCUUUACCUCCCAGACUUGGGAGAAACUGACUGCGCUUCCUGGCUCCAGUCCCCCCUCCAGGAUCCACCAUUGCUGUGUGGGACUGGGCCCCAGCUACCAGUCCAAGACGAGCACUUGUUUCCCUACUGCCACCAUAAAAAACAGCCUGGACAACAGUAGGCUCAGGCCCUUUAAAAACAAAUGCUUCCCAGUAUCCCCUUGUGGGACAGAGGGCGCUAUUGAGCUGGAGACCUUCAGCUCAGUGAAAGGCAAAAGCCUGAUUGAACUAGGGAACUACUGUAAUGGACUGAAAGGGAAAGAUGCCCAGAGAAUUGGGAACUGCAUGACGUUUGAAAACCAAGAGGCCUUCAGUAAGCAGUGGGAGGGUGAGGAGAGUUUGGUGGGCUCUGAGGAAAGCAUAACUGACCACCUGCCUGACCUACUGCUGGUGUUGGGGGGGAAGUCCAAAAGUGUACAUACAGCCAUCUCUGUGUGGCAUAUGACCCUCACUGACCUUUGACCUGUAACCCCCACAGAUGCAGAUGGAAGCGGUUGCUUUCUGUUUAGUUGCAUAUGUAUUAGUGGUUUUACUUGUUCUCGCCCCCUACAGUGCAAUUUGGCUAGGUAUAGCCUACAUCCGCGCUAAAAUAUCAAGGUAAAAGUCAUCAAAGCUUGUGUAGUAUAGACCCAGCGCCCAACCCAACUUUGAGAAUAGAUUAUCAGGCGAUAUUUUUUGUUAUCGCCCAAUAAGAGUCUCACUUUAACGCAGCACGUUAACGCCGAUAACGGCCCACCACUAAUAUUUUUACAUGAUACUAUCUACAGAACUUAACAUAAGCCUUGGAGUUUGGGAAAAAUAGACAGUGAGUCAACGUUUUUUUGUGAAUAGAGUGUGGUCAGUAUACAUUGAGCAACACAUUACAUAAAGUUAAAUUGUUUUUGAUGCGUUUUUCUACUUCUUUCCAAACAGUGUUGUAACACAGUACUUUAUCGUAAACAUGUUUAUUUACUUUAUAAGAUAAAUCAAAACGCACAUCUGUAUGCUCUUGUAAAUUACAUUGUGGUUGACUGUUGUUAAAUAAAUGUUUUUGAAUGAAAAAUAUUAAAACCAACAUUAUAUUUUCACA